AUAUUAAAUUUAUUGUGGGACCCCUACCUCAAGGUCCAAGGAGGGGGUGCAUUGCCACAUUUAAUCUCAUUUCCUUCACUGUUCUCACUGCCAACGCUAACUUUUCUUCUCUCUCUCUCUCUCUGCAUUUCACUAAACACAUGGAGAACCGACACCACCGUGAAUUGACCUUCUUAAGCUCCGCCGGCGACUUCCUCAAUCCCCCUUCCGAUCACACAACCCGCAACACCGAUCCUCCCAUCAAAGAAAUGGACUUCUUCUCAUCAUCACCUUCAUCUCCGGCUACUCAUCAUCAUCACAACCAUGUUGGACUUCAAGAUCACACUCAUCGACAAGGAUCACCACCACACGUCUCUCAUCACCCUGUAAACACCGGACUGAAUUUAACUUGUGCAAGUACUGGAUUCACAAAAGAAGAAAAUGAUGAAAAUCAUGAAGCUGAGCUGAGUUCCAUUGAAAGUCAAUUGCGGAGACUACAGGAAGAGAAUCGUAAGUUGAGAACUGUGCUGGACCAGAUUACCAGAAGCUAUACCCAGCUACAAGCUCAGUUAUUCAUCACUCUGCAGAAACAAAAGCUUCCUCAGAAUACGGAGGCAAAUGGGACGGUGUCGGAACAAAAAAAUGUGGACCCAGCUGGAGUAUGCAGAAAGUUAGAGGUGGUAAAUGAAGCAUCAGUUUGUGAUGAAAAGACUGAUGGUGAGGUAUCGGUUUGUCGCUCAAACAACGUUGAGGUAUUGUCAAAGACAGAUGAUGAUGAGGCUCCUCAAUUGAUAAAACUGAACCUUGGAAAACAGGCUUGUCCCGAUGCUGCAGACGAUGUUCUUGACCGGUCCUCCUCACAGAGCUGGGGCUCAUCCAAGUUAGAAGAACAACCCAAAACUGCAGAACAAGUUUCUGCAGAUCAGAUUCCUCUCAGGAAAGCCAGGGUUUCCGUACGAGCAAGAUCAGAAGCUCCACUGAUCAGCGAUGGUUGUCAGUGGAGGAAAUAUGGACAGAAAAUGGCAAAGGGUAACCCUUGCCCUCGUGCUUACUAUCGCUGUACUAUGGCUGUAGGAUGCCCAGUGCGCAAACAGGUGCAGAGAUGCGUAGAAGACAAGACGGUGUUGAUAACAACCUACGAAGGCAAUCACAAUCACCCUCUGCCACCAACUGCCACUGCCAUGGCAAGUACCACGUCAGCCGCCGCCGCCAUGCUCUUGUCAGGUUCAACAGCCAGCAAGGAAGCACUCACAAACUCUGCAGGAUAUUACUCUUCACUUCCCUACGCUUCAAUGGCAACCCUAUCAGCUUCAGCACCAUUCCCGACCAUUACUCUCGACUUGACCCAAAACCCCAACGCCAUACACCUCCACCGCGUUCCACCCCAUGCUACUACGUUCCCUCUCCCACUGCAUGCUUCCGGUGGUCACCAAUUUCUAGGCCACCCCUUGUUCUUCUCACAGAAGCUUCCACCUGCAGCAUCGUCCCUACUUCAUGCUCGACAAACUUCAUCCAUGGUCGAAACGGUUAGUGCAGCCAUUGCUUCGGAUCCAAACUUCACUUCAGCUUUGGCAGCAGCAAUCUCCUCAAUCAUUGGAAUACCUAGUAACAACAACGGAACUAGUGGUGCCAUUGGAUCGCCGCAGCUUCCUCAGUCAUGCACUACUUUCUCCACCAACUAGCUUCCUCGACUCUUAGUUUUGAAAAAACUAUAUAUUUUCUUUAUUUAGAUGAACUUUUCUUUUAAGUAUUUCUUAGAAGAAGGAAAAAAAAAUUACAUAAACCAAAUAAAAUUUCU